GACUUUCGAGCACUCGACUAUGUGUCGGCGUAUGACAGCAAUCUGAUGUGCCCGAUCUGCCGGAGCGCCUUUGUCAACCCGGUUGUUGUAGCCGAUUGCGACCACCAUUUCUGCCGCGACUGCCUCGACUACACAACCAGCUGGAACCAGUAUUCGGGCACUUGUCCUGCUUGUCGCUGUCCUGGACGCUUGAUCGGCUCUGGCUCAGCUUCUAAGCUUCUGCUCAACAUUCUGGAUGACCUCGUCGUCAAGUGCCCCAAUCAGCCCGAGGGAUGCGACAAACAAGUCAAGAGAGGCCACUUAGUCGACCACAUCAACAUCUACUGCGACUACACCUUGAUUGACUGUCCAGACGACGAAUGCGACAAGAAAGUCCGCCGAAAAGACGCCGCGCAUUGUGUGCAUCAGCCUGUCUCCUGCCUCGCUUGCCGCCAGUCCAUGACCGUCCAGGACCUUCAAUCACACUGGCAGACCGUAUGUGCCGAUCACGACGUUCCCUGCCCGUCCUGCGCCGCCUCAAUACCCUACCGCUACCAGCAAACCCACCUCGCCAACCACUGCCCCGAGACCAAUGCUGCCUGUCCCGCUCGACAAUUCGGCUGCCCCUUCAGCACCAAGCGCAAGCACCUUUCGAGUCACGCUAUCAUGUGUUCGCUGGCGAAACUCGCUCCAUACCUCUCAGCUCAGCAACAACGUCAAGACGAACAAGACCAAGCUCGUCAGCUGCUUGAGAAGAAGUUACAAAGCCUACAACAAGACUUGUCCGAAUACAAGAACUUGUCACAUCAGGACAAGAGAGCCCCUGCCCCGCGAGAAGAACCCUUGUAUUUCCCCAACAACGUCGCAGACUUUGAACUGCCAGACUUCCAAGACUUCCAACCUCACGCCUCGCCAACCCAGCACCUCCUCUCUCUGCAUGAGAAUCUGCGGGAAGAAGUCUCGCGCCAAGCAAACACUAUUCAUGAGGUCGACACCAGGCUAAGCAUGAUGCUGCUGAAUGAGAACAUGCGCCUCAAGGACGAACUGGCCUACCAGGGCGCUCAGCUCAGCGCUCUCAUGCGACAGGUCGGCUGGUUGACAAACGCACGCCUGCAG